AUGCCUUAUGAUGAUGAUCACGAUGAUGGAGAAAUAAACUUUAAUGAACUUGUAGGGAAUUUAUUAAGCUCGCAUAAUCAAGAAGAGCAAGCACAAGAGCAAGAGCAAGAGCAAGAGCAAGAGCAAGCGCAAGAGCAAGAGCAAGAACAAGGCGAAGUACAAGCACAAGAGCAAGGCGAAGUACAAGUACAAGUACAAGUACAAGAGCAAGAACAAGAACAAAAGAGACAAGAUCUUGACAAAAUAAAUACAAAUGUCGAAGACAUAGAAUCCAAACACCUACAUAGCGGCCAGGCUGACCAUGAUCAUCCGGAUCAAAACAUCGAACUACCCGAUUUUGGCGAUGAAGAAGAUGAAUUAGUAUCCGUCGUCGCAAAUGCUGUUCAGGAUAUCAACAAUGACAGUGGCAGUAAACCCAGCAGUCAUCUAGGAAAUGAAUCGGAACAUGAAGUGUCCAAUACACUAGAUGAUAACCACGAAAAACAGCAACAUCAAGAAUGGGCUCAUAUCUUACAGCAAGGAAUAUUACAGGAGGAGGAAGAGUUUGUACCGGAACAUACAGAGAGACGUAUCAGCUCUAGUCAUCACCAUCACCAUCAUCACCGUACCGAUGACCAGCUUGACCAAGAUGAUGAAAAUUUGAGAAUGGCUAUAUUAGAGUCUCUGCAAGAAUUAAACACAGAUGAUGGCCCAGAAAAAGAACAACAUAAACACGAACACGGUACUUCCAGUGGGAAAUUGUCCAGCAAGAAGUCUUCAAAGAAAAAGAAAAAGGACAAAUCCAAAAAUAAAGAAUUAUCAAAGGAAAAAUCCUCAAAAAAGAGCAAGUCUUCAGGUCACUCCAAAAAGCACACAAAGGAUCGUUCUAAAGAAAAGUCAAGUAAAACCGCUAGCAAUGAUAAUGCACUCGAUUUCAGUAAUAUAUUAGAUAAUCUUAUUCAUGAAAAUGGAGAUGCUACAACAGACACACGUAAAUCAAUAUCAGACAUUCAAGAACAACCCCUCACUGACAAAAAUCGCGAAGACGUGGAAGCACAGGCUCUCGUGGAAGCUACGCUAAAGGCUUUUGAAAAUGAAUUACUAAGUUCAGCGCCAACUGCGGGCCCCACACAGGACCAAUCAACCGAACCUUCAACUUCUACUAAGACAGCCGAACCAGCACGGAAACCGACUGCUGAUGAUAUCCCGUUGGCUAUGUUGCAAGCUUUCAAGCCCAAAAAGAGACCUCCUCAAGAAAAAAAGAAAUCAAGAAGUAAGACUUCUAAACCUGCAUCUACAACAAAUAAAUCAUCUGCAUCUGAACCAGCUUCCAAAAAAAAGAAAAAAAAGAAAUCAACCAAAGAAACUAAUAAGACUCAAGAAAAUUACGAAGAAGAUGAAUUCUCUAGGGUACUAGCCGAAAUGGUUAACCAAGUGGUCAAUACUUCACUAAAGGAUUCAUCAAUCACAACAUCUCCCUCCGCUCAGGAUAACAAACCGGAGACGACAGCUGGUUUUGUUGCGUCUACCCAAAACCAGUACCCAUCUACCAUAACUUCUACCACAGAUUCUGGUGCAGCCAAUGACGACACCCUUGAUUUAAAUCAAAUCAUGCAAAAUGCUAUGGCUAUGGUUUUCCAAAACCAAAAUGACGCUGAUUUCGAUGAAAACAUUGUCGAAGAUUUUAACCGCGGACUAGGUGAUCUGAGCGUUUCGGAUUUGUUGCCUCAAGAUAACCUUUCUGGGUUGGAUAAGAAAUCAUCUAAAAAUCUGAGCAAAUCUGAAAAGAAGUCAUCUAUUUCGAGUAAAAAGUCUUCCAAAAAGGCAUCUAAAGAUGUGUCAGAUACGGAAAAGGCUAGAAUUUCUUCCAAACCAAAGAAACCUUCCAAAUCAGAAUUAUCUCAGGAAAAGAAACUACGCAAGAGGUACAGUUCCAUUGCCAGCGAGGCUGCAUCUGUAGCUAGAAAGAAGAGAUGGGCCAAGAACAAAGAAUUAAAGGAAAAAGAGAAACUUGAACGUCAAGCCGCAAGAGAAGAAAGAAGGCAAAAGAAAAAGUUGGAGAAGCAAAAGCUGGCUGAAGAGCAAGAAGAACUGACCAAAAUCGUUGACCGUGGCCCACCUUAUCCUCCGGAUUUAAGACUGACCAAAAGCGGUAGACCAAAGAAGCCGUAUAGGAGAUGGACUCCUGAAGAAUUGUUAAAGAGAUCACAGGAGGCAGAAAAACCAAGGAAAGUGAAAAAAGAAAGAAGAAAAAAGGACAAGAAAGUUAAGAUACCUUCAUCCACAUUGAGAAAGAUUCCUUUAUUCAAUUUUGUUAAAGAUAAUGUUCAGCCAGGAGCAAGACACCGCUUAAACGAUAUUGAAGGCUCGCUGUCCUCCAUUGGUUUACACAGAUCGCCUGACGGUGUCCGCAGAGUCAUUUCAAGACAAAAAAGUGAAGAUAACGAAUGGCCAUUAUCAGACUCCUCCACAUCCCAAAAUUACGAUACGCAUUUAAAAACCGUUGUGCAUAAAGAAAAAAUCUCUUUCCACCCUCCCUGGACUAUACCAUCCCAACCACCAUUUGCUUUACCUGUUGCAAGAAGGAAGAAAAUACCAAAUAUCAAAAAAUACAAAAAGAGAAACAACAAUUCUCCUCGCAUUUCCAAGGAAAGUAUGCUGAGUGCAAGAAACAGAAUUAUACCAGCUAUUUUAUUACCAAUAAUAAACACAUUAAAGGCAGCCGCGAAGUCCCAAACUGCUGCUGGAGCAACCCCCGAAGAAGCAAGAAGGCGCUUGGCAGCUAUUAUUCAGCAUGCUAAGUCCACUGUUAUUAAGGCUGCUUUACAAGCAAGAAAAAACAGUAUUCAAGCUUCUAGCGCCAAGGAAACUACACCAGGAUUGGCCGUAAUUCCGCCUCAAAAGAAGAAUCCACUGAGAAUGAUUCCAAUUUUCAAUACGUCUCGGGUGAAACAACAACCAGAGAAGUGUCCGAUUAUUGUAAAGGGAGUCACCAGUUCAGUGUUCACUGAUAAAAACACCCCUGGUUUCUACUCUAACACUACGAGUAAUGAACAGGCACUCAAGAGUAUUGCUGCCCCAGUUAAGAUAGAAGAUGGUGAUUCACAUAUACAUCCUAUUCCAAUAAUGCCUAUAACUUCAAAACCGACACAAGAUAAUGUCGAAGAUAUUAAUAACGCGAAGGAGACUGCUAAUGUUGUUGACGCAAAAGCCUCGUCAGACGCUGCUGGUACUGGUGACACUGAACCAGCGAAUGACACUGAUACUGUAGAAGAUAUUAAAGAGGUUACCAACGUCGAGACUGUAGAAGAUGUUGCUUCAACCGAAAAUAAGAUGAACGUGGUAUCAAAUGAUCAAAAGAGCACUCCAAUCGACUUUUCUGGUGUUGACAAGAUAGACGAAGAAAAACCAGAAGAUAAGAUGAACACAGAAAAAGAUCUAAAUAAAAAUAAAAGUGCGCUUGGUAAGGAAAUUGAGAAUAAGCACAUACUGGAUUCCGAAGUUCCUCAAACUACUGGCACAGAUCGUACAACUGAUGUUGGCGAGAAGCCUAGAUCGAUUACUCUUACUGAUAAACCACUAAAUGAAUCGAAACCGAGAAUACCCAUCAUAUUUCCUUUGAAAAGACCGCAAAUCAAACCUGAAGUUAAUGUCAUUGAUUUAGUUCAGAACUUGGUGAAAAGUAAAAUGCCUGAAGUGAAAAACGAAUCAAUUGACCUGGGCAGUAACAUCACAGACAUUCUUUCCUCCACUAUCACUAAUAUCUUGCCCGAAAUCACUGCUGCUGAUGUAAAAAAUUAUCAAUAUGAAGACGAAAAUGUCAAAUAUUUGAAAAAGACACCAAGACAGGUUUUAAAUCUAGACGGACUAGUUCCCCCAUCAGGUAGAUGCAUUACUAAAGCUAAGCGCAUUCGUCGUAUCAAGAAACCCUCUCCUGACGCUACCGUUUCGCAGGAAACUAACACGAAGGCAAGUAAUGAAACCAUUACUUACACUUUCGACAUCCCUUCUCCAGAAGAAAUGCAAAGCAAACGUAGCGUGGUGCUAAAGUAUGCCAAGGCGAGAUUAACGGAGAGUGAAUUAAACUCUUUAAAAAAGGAGAUUAAUAAUGUAAGGAAAAGGAGAUGGAGAGAAAUUAACUCCACAAAGAACUGGGAAUACGACGUAAAAUCUAGGUUAAGGAAACGUGCGAGUGGAUUUUUUGGGGAAGAGGAAUCUGAAGCGAAGUCCAAUUGGAUUGAAGAAAGAUUCCAAGAAAAGGCUAGCCAGGAAAAAUACAAGAGUCGCCUUGAAACAACUGAAAGCCAAGCAAACAAUACGAAGAUUGUGAUUGAUGACAAGGAGAUUUUGAACAUUCUUGCUGUAAACAUGAAUAGUCUCAACACGGCACGUUGCAUUGAAAAGGACAUUCAAGAGUCAUUCAAAGAGGAAAAGUUAGCCUCUAUACAACCAAAGAAGAAAAGGAAGAAAAGCAUCUUAAACUGA